UAUUAGGUAUUUGGUAUUUAAGUGAUCCCCGGGUAUUACACUAGAAUAAUUAUCAAGAAGUUAACUUUAUUUUUACCAGAAUAUUUUGCGCUCACUUCCUUCAUCACAAGUGACUGGUUCAACUCUUGGCAUUGUCGGUUUUGGGAAUAUUGGAAGGGCACUUACUGAGCGAGCCAAAGGAUUCAAAAUGAACAUUUUGUAUCAUUGUCGGACGAGGAAAGAAGAGCUAGAAAAAUCUUCAGGUGCUACAUUCUGUUUGGAAUUAAAGGAGCUCUUGACAGCAUCUGACUUUGUUGUUCUGUGCUUACCAUUGACCCCUGAAACAACUAAUUUCAUUUCAGCAGAAGAACUCAGGAUUAUGAAGUCUACAGCAACACUUAUUAAUGUAGGUCGUGGAGGAACUGUCAAUCAUGAUGAUCUUACCGUGGCAUUACAGAGGGGGGUUAUAAAAGCUGCAGCAUUAGAUGUCACAGAUCCACCAGUUCUUCCCAAGGACCACCCCCUAUUUAACAUGUCAAAUGUGAUUAUUACCCCUCACGUUGCAUAUUUGACAACGAAUGUUCAACAACUACGCUGUUCGACUUCAUUGGAUAAUUUAAAGGCUGGUGUAAAAGAUGAAGAGCUUCUUUACUCAGUAAACUGAAAGAGGAAAUUACGUGAAUGCGUGGAUGCAAACUCUAAUGAUUGUUUGAUUGAUCGAUAACUAUAUUCAUGCAUGGUUAAAAAUUUCAAUCCUCUAGACUCUGAAAACAGCAAAUUAUCAUUCAGUUUUGGAAAUGCAAAGCAGUUGAACUUGUUUACACUAUAUUGAUAAUAAUUGUCCUGAAGGCUUGCACAACAAAUAACAAACUGGGAGUUAAAGGGUUAAAAAAUUUCCUUGCUUUUUCAGUUUAAGUGCUCAUGAUAAGUUACAGCGGAUUUCAUGAUUUGAAAAUAUGUAUUAUAGAAUCGAAAUUAUGAAAUUUUAGGAGCCCCAUCCUAAAUUCUUGCAAGUUUGUAAUCUGCUUUUUCAAAGAAUACUGCGGUGUGAACACUAUUGUUCUAUAUAUUAGACACCGGUGUCAGAUUCUAAACACAAGUGUUCUAUUUCUAGACACUAGUGUAAAAUUGUUUACCAUAUAGUGUCUGAUUUUAGACAUUAGCAUGCUAUUUUAAACACCUAUCUAAGGUCUUAGAUAAUGGCUCUGUUAUCAUUGAUGUUGAUCAUGUGAAUUUUUUACAUUUCGUCAUUGAAAAUCAUUGUAACCAUUUACAACAUAGGGCUGUAGCUGAGAGAUAUGGGGAGCCAUUUGUGCCAAAAAUAUCAUUGAAUUGCCAGCGAUAAAACUCAGUCGUAAGUGCUAAAAUAUCAAUCGUUAGUGGUUAAACUCGAUCUUUAGUGCUAAAAUAUCAAUCGCUAGUUGUAAAACUCAAUCGUUAGUGCUAAAGUAUCAAUAGCUAGUGGUAAAACUCAAUCGUUGGUGCUAAGGUAUCAAUCGCUAGUGAUAAAACUCAAUCGUCAGUGCUAAUAUGGAUUUGUUCUCGAUUUAAACUUGAACCAGUCUCCCGCCUGAUGAACAAAGAUGAACCAAUCAAAUCUUGUUUACUUUCUUGAAAUCUAUUGAUAAGGGACAUUGAAAUUAGUAUAAAGAAAAAGAUAGACCGGCUCGACCUCCCCAUGUAACUUUUGUGGUCGCGUCGCAUUAUCGCCUUCUAAUUAUAUUUUUGCCCUCACAAGGGAUUUUCCCUUUUUGUAAGAGAUGAUCGGAG